CGAGGAAAAAUCAUCGUUGUUGACGAAAUCGUUGUUGACGAAAUCCUUUUUCGUUCUGCUAGUGCUCUGAUUAUCCACACGGUACUCGUACUCUGUCCAAAGGUAUUGCACCCUUCGUGAUACUAAAGGUGUUCGCUACCAGAGCAAAUAAGCUAAGAAAACCUCCGAGGUCCCUCAGUAAAUCACCUCAGCCACGGGAGCAUUCAACUACAAACAGCUCCAUGAUGGCCCCAUGCUAUCUCGGUAUCGAUGUGGGCACACAGGGUCUCACGGCGUUGCUCGUCGAAUCUUCCGAAACCAGCGCCACCAAUGGCGGCGAUCGCAAAACCUCCCUGAAGGUAUUGGCUAUGGGAGAGGGGAGCUAUGACUUUGUUCCGGGACUGCCGGACGGUUGCUACGAACAAGAUCCGUCUGCCUGGGAAACUGCUCUAGUCCAGGCUCUGAAACAAAUUCAGGAGAGCGACGACAUCAACGAAUCGGAGAUUUCCAUCGCAUCUCUUUGCGUCACUGGGCAGAUGCACGGGUGCGUCAUGAUCGAUGCAGAGGGGAGAAAUCUCGGAACUGCCCGCCUCUGGUGCGAUGCAAGAAACCAAGAAGAGGUAGGUCUGAAGUGAAAUGGAAUAGUGUAAGAAGCAAUGCAAUCCAAUACAACGAAAUUGAUUGUGUGCGAUCCUUCUGUUCGGUGGAUUGGUGAAUUCACUUUUCAUGAAAUCUUUCUGUACAUACUUCACAAAGAAGACGAGUUUGAUGGAAAUUGUUGCACAGACUUUGUUUCUCGGUAUGAAAUGUUCCAGCCAAUCAAAAUUAUGAUUUGCCAUUUGCAUGCACUGCCAGUUUUUGAAUCUGACAAUGCUCCACACGACUUUGCGCCUGACUCUCUUUACAACAUCUCAGGCCGACGAACUGAGCGAAUUGUUCGGUGAGCGCAUGCCAAAGCGCCUAACUGCCGCGAGGUAUCUCUGGUCGAUGAAACACGAACCGAAAAAGGCGCAAGCAUGCCAUGCUAUUACCACUCCAGCCGGAUACAUCGCACACCGAUUGACAACAAGGGUCAGUGGUUCUCCUUCUCUUCCACCACUUUUGCUAGGUGCCGGGGAGGCGUCCGGAAUGUUCCCCAUCCACACCAUCGAUGGUGGAUGCUGUGAAUAUCAAGCCGAUUGGAUCGAAGCCUUUGACAACCAUGUUCGAAACACGAUUUACGAGCCGGAAACAAAAUUUUCCCUGGAAAAACUGCUGCCGAAAAUACGAACGGCAGGUGACACUCGAAACCACUGCGACAACACCGAGAACUCUGUCGUUCUGAAUCCUUCGAUCCUUGAACCCGGUGGGUGGCUUUCGGACGUUCGUGAACUCCUCACGAGCGAUGGUGAAAUCUCUGUGGCUCCCGCGGAAGGAGACCAACCAACAGCCCUAGCAGCCUCGCUCAUCGGCGAGCCAGGGAUGAUAUCGUGUUCGUUUGGAACCUCGGUGGUAGCAAAUAUGGUUGGAAGAAGUAGCGGCAACAAUGGCGGCAAAAACAAAAUCUCUCUGGCCGCGGUCGAUCGCUUUAACGCCGUGAACGGACAGCCCAUUUCGAUGGUGUGGUUGCGAAACGGAACUACCUAUCUUAACCGCAUGGUGGAGUCAUACGGAGGCGAUUUCGAAUUGCUUCUAAAACAAGCGGUCGAUGCUCCUCCCGAUUGUGGGGGUUUGCUUGCCCUGCCUUUUUUGGACGACGAACCCGGGUUGGGGGUCAAGCGGGGGGGAACGGCAAUGAUCGUGGGAUUCAACAACAGCGCCAGCGACAACGGCAACGAUGGGAAUCAUCGAGCUGGAAAUGUGAUCAAGGCUGCUAUGAUCUCGGUCAUGUUCAACUUGCUCCUUGGAACGCAACAAGUCGAAGAACAAGCGGAAGCAGAUGAAAAUAACGAUGGUUCCUCCACGAGGAAGGAAAUCGUGUUGACCGGAGGGCUGACCAAAACCCCACAAACGGGACAGAUCCUAGCCAACAUCUUUGAUCGCCCAGUUCGAUUGAUGGAAGCUGCUGAUGAAGGUGGGGCAUGGGGUGCUGCUCUGUUGGCCAAAUAUUACGACGACUGUGGCGCUAGUACGGUUGUACCACCCAGUUCCGAUAGUUGGCUGACAUUUUUAAACACAAUCGAAGCAAAGGAGCAGCAAACAUUUCAUCCGGAAACCGAGCAUGUAGCAAUUUAUCGGAAGAUGCUCAGAAAAUACAAGAGACUCUUGCUGCUCCAACCUCAGUUGAACGAAGUGAUGAAUGAACCGUAAUUGUUCUGAAUUUCCGACAGAACUAUUUUCUUCCUAAAUAUGAUGUUUUUGGAAAGAAGAAUUACAGUCAUACACCAGGGUCAAUGCGAAACGAAAACAAUUAUGAGAUGCUACCMUCUUUCAUAUUAUGUAGGUCCCUAAAGUGGAUAGAACUUGCGAUGGGAUUGAAAGCAAGCAGACAUAUCUUCACAAGAAUGAAUGCUGGUGCAAUGUAGCCGUUCACUUGUGCCAAGUUCUAUCUUUUUAUUCACUCAAUAGUAUCAGUAGUAUAUCAAAUAAUUGCAAAGCAUUCAU